AUGGAAGAAAACCGCGAUGAGGGCGGUGGUGAUACGAGAAGUGAAGAUGAUUUGACCGAAGAAGUGUUACCGGAGCGUCCUAAGCGCGAAGUGCUAGUCAGUGCACGCGGUAGACGUGCUUGCUCGGAGCAGGGGCCUCACCCUCUACUACAUCUGCAACAUGGCGCAGCUCACUUGUGGGGGGCUAAUAGUGGCCGGCGUGGUUGGAGUCGGAAGAGGACUUCAGCGCCGCAGAUGAGUAAUACCCAUGGUUCGAUGCCGCGUGUGGCACUCGUGCUGCGUUCACGUCGCAGUUGGCCAGUCGCGCCUCAAUCGUAUCGCAGGUACAUAUAA